GAGGAGCCAGAUACACCACGCUCUCGAACGAGAUUCAUGUCCAAGAUCAAGGCUUUCGCAGCCAAUACAGGCUCACAGACCCCGAAAUCACUAAACGGGCCAACUUUUCCAUCUGAAUUCGGCACACGAUCGUUUCCCAACUCUCCUACUGUGUCUAGAGUUACCACUCGAGUUCCGGAAGCCGUCCACGAAGAACAAUCUGAUGCCGAUGCCGAUGUCGAAACUGCAGAUGAAGCUGCCAUACCCGACGCUGUCAAGAAGAACAAGAAAAAAAGCCGGCGCUUUAAGAAAGGCUCCAUAUCUAAUUUUCCAAAUCCGAGCCGAUUCCCAGCCGAUCUGGAUGCACUAAGCACAUAUGAUCGCCUGCUCAGACGCCGAGCAAGCAUGCCUGAUACGACGCAACAUGACCAUGCUGCAUCCGAUGGCGAUAUUCGUGAUAUUCCCAGACGUAAGCCAUUUCGCAGAGGAUAUUCCAUGAUGAACACCACCAUGAGUCCUCCAGAUGAAGAAGACAUGGAAGACCUGGAAAACUCCACUGCUGUUGGACGACGUACGGGCCAUUUGCGCCGCAUUACUGUCUUUGGCGGAGGCGGCUUGUCUGAUGGAGAUGCAUUGACCCCUAGGAAGCACUUCUUCAACUCGGAAAGAGCAGAAAGGGCCUCGAGCUACGGUGUCAAUAAAUGGAAGCGAGUCAAAAGCACGCUGAAGCUCCUUCGACAAAAGAAGGAUGACCGCUUCGAUUAUUACAAAUCUGCAGAACUCAUGGCUGAGCUGAGAGCCGGUGCGCCUGCAGUGCUGAUGCUCGCUAGUAUGAUUCAGCGAGACGAACACGGGAACAAAAGAAUACCAGUUCUACUGGAGCAACUGAAGCUGAAAAUUAAGGAUAGCUCGCCCAUGCCGGAUGAUGACAAAGAGCGCCACUGGAUAUUUACAAUUGAAUUGGAAUAUGGCAGUGGACCGAGUCGGAUGCAAUGGCUAGUUGUCCGAACCAUCAGGGACAUCUAUAACCUGCACUUUCGGUACAAGUUUGCUCUGAAUAACGAUAAAUACAUGCUUGGACGUUUGGAUCUUGGUGCUCGCCUAAAACAGCCCAAGUUUCCCUACUCGGCAUUCCCGUAUCUUCGUGGUGCUCGCGACAAAGGAGAUGAAAGCGACGAAGAUGACCAGGCCAGUGGCCGCGGCGAGGAGACGGCUGCUGAGAUGACGGCUGCUGAGGACCAUGGCGACGGACCGCAUCAACACUCGAGAAAGAAAUCUCGCGGCAAUUUCCUCGCAGGUAUGAGACGAAGAUCUACUGGCUUCACUGACGCUGGUGAGCUGUCUACGGCGGAAGGCGCUGGCAUUGAUAAGGAGAUUCGUAGACAGAAGUAUGUGGAAAAACAGAGGCGCAUUCUCGAAAAGUACCUCUCCGAGAUGAUUCGAUGGCUCAUGUUCAGAGCUGAUAGCAAUCGCCUGUGUCGAUUUCUCGAGCUGUCAGCUUUGGGAGUUCGUCUAGCUGCUGAAGGAAGCUAUCACGGCAAAGAAGGCUUUCUUCAUCUUCAAAUGUCCAAAGGCCUCGACUUCCGUCGCGUGCUACAACCAGCCAAAGUCAUUGCUCGACACAGCCGGAAAUGGUUCCUUGUCAGGCAGAGCUACAUUGUGUGCGUCGAGUCACCGGAGAAUAUGAACAUCUUUGAUGUCUAUCUUGUCGAUACCAAAUUCAGUAUCGCUUCUAAGAGGAAGGCACUGAAGAAAAUUGGCUCCAAGAAGAAGCAGGCUGAGAUCGAUUUGACCAUGGAGCAUGAACAUUCCGCGGAGAAGCACCACACGCUUACGGUGCGCACUUCGGACCGCAAAAUACGGCUGUUCUCACGUUACCAGUCGGUGAUGCGACAAUUCGAAGAUUCCAUCAACGAAAUGCUGAAACAGACGCCCUGGUUUGAGAAGAAGAGGUUUGAUAGUUUCGCCCCCGUUCGGUCUGGCGUAUUUGCGCAAUGGCUGGUCGAUGGUCGCGACUACAUGUGGAAUGUAUCGAGAGCAAUCAACAUGGCGAAAGACGUCAUCUAUAUUCACGAUUGGUGGCUGAGCCCUGAGCUCUAUAUGCGGCGCCCUGCUUGCAUUAGCCAGAAAUGGCGGCUGGAUCGGCUGCUCCAGAAGAAGGCGAAAGAGGGCGUGAAAGUAUUUGUGAUUAUCUAUCGAAAUGUGGAAGCUGCCAUUCCCAUCGAUUCCGAGUACACCAAAUUCUCGCUUCUUAACCUCCAUCCAAAUAUCUUUGUCCAGCGGUCUCCGAACCAGUUCAAGAAGAAUCAAUUUUUCUUCGCGCACCACGAAAAAAUCUGCAUUGUUGAUCACGAUGUGGCAUUUCUCGGUGGUAUAGACCUCUGCUUUGGUCGCUGGGAUAGCCCGCAGCAUCCGAUCGUUGACGACAAGCCAACCGGAUUUGAGCCGUCCGAGAUGCCCAAAGACUCUGAGCAUGUACAACUGUUCCCGGGAAAGGACUACUCGAACCCGAGAGUUCAAGACUUUUUCAAUCUCAACGAACCGUAUGAAGAAAUGUACGACCGGGGCAAGGUUCCUAGAAUGCCUUGGCAUGAUGUUUCCAUGCAAGUCGUUGGACAACCCGCUCGAGACUUGACUCGCCAUUUCGUUCAGCGUUGGAAUUAUCUCCGCCGAGGCCGAAAACCAACUAGGCCCCUGCCGUUCCUGUUACCGCCCCCUGAUGCGAAAUUCGAGGAUCUCGAGGCCCUUGGAUUGACUGGUACUUGCGAAGUUCAAAUGCUCCGGUCUGCAUCCAACUGGUCGUUGGGCAUAGACGAAACCGAGCAUAGCAUCCAGAAUGCCUACAUCCAUUUGAUCGAGGAGUCUGAUCAUUUUGUCUACAUUGAGAACCAGUUCUUCAUUACAAGCACCGAGGCCUACGGAACCAAGAUUGUCAACCGUAUUGGAGAUGCUCUGGUUGAACGCAUCAUUCGUGCUCACCAAAAUGAUGAAGACUGGCGAGCUGUCAUCAUUAUACCUCUCAUGCCGGGAUUUCAAAACACCGUUGAUGAGCAGGAAGGCACUAGCGUUCGACUGAUUGUCAUGUGCCAAUAUCGGAGUAUCUGCCGUGGAGAACACUCGAUUUUUGGGCGUCUUCGUGCCGCGGGGAUUGAACCCGAGGAUUAUAUCAGCUUUUUCUCUCUUCGACAGUGGGGAAUGAUGGGUAAUGAUGUCCUUGUUACCGAGCAGCUUUAUAUCCAUGCCAAGACCAUUGUUGUAGACGAUCGAGUUGCGCUGAUUGGUUCUGCAAACAUCAACGAACGUUCGCUGGUUGGCUCCAGAGACUCUGAGGUGGCCGCCAUCGUUCGUGAUACUGAUAUGAUAUCGUCUACCAUGGCGGGCAAGCCAUAUCAAGUUGGCCGAUUUGCUCACACUCUUCGUAUGAGACUCAUGCGAGAGCAUCUUGGCCUUGAUGUUGAUGAAAUCUUGGAACAAGAGCGAGAAGAAGAGGUAAACGAAGCUCUCUUUGAACAAGAUAUGGAUGCUAUAUACGAAGAAGAUGCGACACCUGACGCUGAUGCGUCCAGCACUAGUUCUAGCGUGGCCAAGAGUCCACGAGCGCCUGUGAACCCCAUUCGUUUGCCCAGUUUCAACCAUGACCUUGACCUCGCGGCAGCAGAGGCCUGCCUAGAUCUUGACGAUUCUUCGUCGAAAGGAAAAGAGACUGAGACCGACCCUCGUGUUGAAGACAAGGAACAUCAGCUAGAUUUAUCAGGAUACGGUCCGGAUCACUGGAAGUCGGCAGAACAGCAAGGCGUCGAUGAAGGCCGAGAUUCAGUUGUCGUCGAAGGCCGAGAGGUUCUCUUGCACGAUGGGAAGCGAAUUGCGGAAAUGGCCCAGCCUCCCUUGUCCCCUCCCUCUUCGCGUCGUCAGCAGAAUGCGCACCAAGAGCCUGGCGAUAAGCCUGGCACCCCUCCUGCACCCCCAUCCCCUAUUAGCAGGCACGAGGCGAUGAAGAGUGAUCUCUCAGGUCUGGGUACGGGUGCGCCAGCCGUUCCAUUGCCAGUGCUUGAUGAUGCUAGCAUUGGUGGUCCUGCCGUUCACGCUGAUUCUAAAGCAGGCCGUCAAUCCAACGGAGCUUUUCAUCCGAUGGCAGCAGAUAUCCAAGCUGCUUCCAUCGAUAAAGACUGCAUGCGAGAUCCAUUGGAUUCUCGCUUUGUGGAUGAAAUUUGGAAUCGGGCUGCGCGCAAUAACACAGUGCUCUACCGGAGAGUAUUCCGCUGCAUGCCUGAUUCCAAAGUUGGUACCUGGGCCGAAUACCGCGAAUAUAUGGAUUACGGUGUGAAAUUCCGCGCCAGCAUGGAGCCAAAAUCUACCGGCGACGAGACUGAACCUCGUCGUGACGAAGCAGCUGUAAAGACGGAAGAUCAGCCCAAGAUUCAACUGCCCGAGCCUGAAGGCGAUGACGCAAACGGCAAGCCGGUUUCUCGUGGCAGCAGCGGAGAGGACUCAGCUCUUCGCUCCCCGCCUGUUGAUGGAACGACGACAGAAAACCAAAGCUCGUUGGAGCCGCCUUCACCUGUUUAUGCUCAAGGGGACGUGCCAUUCCCCACCAUGGACACUUCAUCUUCUUCGAAGCCAGUUUCGCGAAGCAAAAGCCGAGACCGUAGGCCAAAUUUCUCAACGCUGGACAAGCCGUCUUCCAAGGACACUAAUGCUGCUCCUCCCCUGGCGCCGGCAACAGCGACGGCCACUGGCGGAACAGUCAAGCGCCGACGCCGAGCCACUACCAAGGGCAGCCGGCGCGGACUCUUGAUUGAGGAGAUGCCUACGCGUGGCGAGGCCGAGCAGCUUUUGGGCUUGGUCCAAGGAAACGUGGUCGAGUUCCCAUAUGACUGGCUACUUACAGAAGAGCACAACGGGAACUGGGGCUACCAGGUGGAUGGAGUGGCACCUAUUGCCAUUUACAAUUAACCAAUCUUUCUUUGGUGUAUCAUUUUUUUUUUUUUUAACUUUUUGGGCCGGCGCAAGGAGUCAUGCAAGGAGUAGGUGUUUUCCGAUGCAUUUACAAUGGGAUAGAGACGUUAUUGCAUACAACAUUAAGGCGGUCAUCGCACAAAUCGAGGUCCGGAAAUCAUUCUGCCAUAGCAUCGCCUUUUCUAUUUUUCUUUAGAUACUCAAAAAAGCAUGGCGACUUGCUUCAAUUGGUUUCGUAUAAGCUACUGUAAUGAACUCACACAUAUUUAAUAAUACAUGGUCAUGUAUAUAUAUAUACGUUUUACAUGUGUCCCACACCAUGUUACGCUAAGUGUAUAUCCAGAUUAUUUUUCAAAAGGCCUCAAGUUUCAUUUAAACCUUUUCGCUCACCCAUAUCGCCCCACGGCAGCCAGCUCUGAUGACGUUGGUUAGUAGCCAGUGGGGCUCUGCUUUUCUGGCAUCAUUAUCCACAGCGUGGUCCAGGUGUUCGAGCUCUUCGUCUCGUAUCGUUCGCAGAGUGUCCACCAACUGCUUAAUCUCACCACCAACAUCGUAUCCUUGCGCCUCCCAGCUAGAGAUCAUCUCCAGGAUGGAACGGAUUUGUUCGUUGUAAUGGUUUCCUAUUUCGGUCUCGACGGCCUCGGUACAGGCCAUGGCCGCCUCUCGGCCCAAAAUUGCGGUUGACCAGCCAAGGCCGCUGGCCAGGACGGACCAUAGCGGGUAGAGGGCCGUGGGGCGGACGCGGUGUUUGUGGAUGAGGCUGUUGAAGGUUGAGAAAUGGACGGCUUCUUGGUCGUACAUGUGAGCCAUGAGAGGGCGGAGGUGAGGGUGUUUGCGGACGACGAUGGGGGUUUGGGCGGAGUAGAUGAGUGUUGCGGCGAGUUCGCCGGCUUGGUUGACUCGAAGAGCAGAGGAGAGAAAGUCGCGCUGCUCUUGAGUGAGAGGCUUGAGCUUCUUGGGAGAGCUUGAGCUUGAAGGCUCGGAGGUUGAUGAUGCCGUGGUGGGAGCUCGGAGGAGGACGCUGGUAGACAGAGGGCGAGUUGCAGGUAGAAAGUGUCUACCAAUGACACCAGCCUGUCUGGCGAGGCAUCGUGUUGGGGCCAUGUUCAUCUGAGAGCAGCUAGAAGGACAGAAUAUAUGAAGAUUGCCAGUCCAGGCUCAUCAACCUCAUCGCCCACGCCGGUUUCCGUAUCACGGCAUAGCGACUUUUAGAACUCGGCCCAUGCAGGCAUGACGCAGAAUAUCCUACGGGGACCUGCAUGCGGCAGCGCUGCCGAUUGGCCAGAGACGUCGUUGUUACGGACAAACGCUUUUCCGCCACCAGCGCCGGAGACUUGGCUACGGGGCGUCGCGUUAAUUGCCGGGCAGAAGUGCAAUAGCGAGCAGCUUUAGUGCUGCGGCUCAGGCGCUCGAGGCUUUCUUCCCUCCUUUGCUCUUCAAUUCGCUGUGCUUAAUCCCUCUUCUUCGCUGGUCCCUCAGUUGACAGACACGACAAUUGAAUCGACCAACGGAUUUUCUGCUCUGAGGUCUUUCUUGCCCCUCCUGACACCGCCGUAUCACAUCUUACUACCGGCUCGAGACGAGAAUCGCUGUCGCGUUUGCUCCUUUGGACUCCCCUCCCAACAUUUGCGACAUCGUUGGGCCUUUUCUCGCCACCGCUCUGCAAAACAACCCCCUGAACAGCAUAUUUCGGCCAUCGAGGACUGCAUCUACACCAGAUUUCCAUCAUGGCUGACAUCGACGACGAACUCCUGGCCCUUGCGGGCGGUGAUUCGGACGACGAGGGAUCCGUGGUCGCCAGCAGAGAGGCAUCGGCGUCGCCGCCACCAGCCUCAGAAGACGAGACGCCUCAAUCACCAGAAACGAAACCAAAGCGGCGGUCAAAACAGGAUGAGUCGGAAGAUGAAGGCGAGGCAUCUGAUGCGCCAUCACACAACUCUCUUGAAUCAGCUUCGAUGGAUGAAUCCGACUCCGAUGCAGAGCCCAGUCGCGGCGCGGGCCGCUCUGCUGGUAUCGCGGGUGCUGGCGGCGACGACAAGUACCCCGUUGACGGCAUGUUUAUCAGCGAGGCCGAAAAGGCUGAGAUCAUGGCCAUGCGAGAAGUAGAGCGAGAGCAGAUCAUCGCGGA